AAUUAUCAGCUGAAUUUUACAGUGAGCGGAAAGUGGCGUAAACUCUGACAUUGCACGAUAUUUUGAUGUUUAUCAAAUUUAUAUAAAAUGAUUUUUCUAAAGGAAAAUUAUAGUGUUCUUGUGAUUAUAGAUAGUGAAAUUUCAAGUGACGAUGUUGCAGAUUUUAUUGUCACAAUAAAAAAAUAUCUUAAAAAUGAAGAUCAGCUAACAAUUGCAUCAACGAAAGAGCUAGAAAAAUAUAUCAACAAUGCAUCUUCCUAUGACACGAUUAUUUCUGUCUUUAAACAAUCCUGUCCAAAUCACAAAACAUAUUUUGACAAAUGUUUACGGGCAUUAAAACCAAGUGGCACAUUAAUUAAUUAUGAAUCAUUUGAACAAUCAGAAAAUGUACAUUCUGUUUACGAAGAGAGAGUAUUGAGUUUAAAAUUGACUGGUUUUAAAGUCAAAGUGCAUGAAAAUGUAGACACAUCGCAACUAAAAAGUUUAUUACUUAGUGUAUACAAUGAUCUAGAUAAAGUAGCAGAAGUAAUAGCAGAAAAACCAUCAUUUGAGAUUGGUUCUAGUGUAAAACUUAACUUUGGAAAAGAAAAAUCAUCCAAUGUUUGGAAGUUAGAUGAUGCUGUUGAUGAAGAAUUAAUUAACGAGGAUGAACUUUUAGAUGAAAGUGAUAUUAUAAAAGUUAACGCACCUAGCUUAAAAGUGUGUAGCACAACAGGCAAACGAAAAGCAUGUAAAGACUGUACUUGUGGGUUAGCUGAGGAAUUAAGUGGUAAAACUGCCCCAGAAGGAAAUGUGAAAUCCUCAUGUGGAAAUUGUUAUCUUGGUGAUGCGUUUCGAUGUGCCAGUUGUCCAUAUCUUGGAAUGCCUGCAUUUAAACCUGGUGAAAAAGUAGUUUUGCCUGAAACUCAACUGAAAGCAGACUAAAGGAUAUUUGUGAGUCAUAGUAUAUUCUGUUUUCAUGUUCAUUCUUUGUAUGUGAUUAUUAAACUGAUUCAAGUUUAAUUUUUAUUUGGUGGUUAAAAAUAUAUACAAAAAGGUAAUAUAAAUUAUUUAAAUAUUAUAUUAUAAAAUUGGUAAUAAAUUCAUAAAAAUACAACAUUGUACUUAAGUAAUUUUAUUUCAUUCUAUUUGUAUACAAUAGCAAUUAACAUGUUAAUUGUAAUAGAAUGAUACAAAAUAUUUACAUUUCCAGUAUUUUUGGUAUGUAUCAAUAAAAUACACUUUAUUAACAAAACAAUAAAAUAAUUUAAGUAUUGCAUCAUGAUUAUAUAACAUCCAAAAUAUUUAGUACUCUUGAUAUACCAAUGAAGUACAAUUGAUUGUUUCAACAAUGCUUUUACAAUAAUGUACUCAUCAUUGUAAUAAGUACAAAGUUAAAAAGGAAUAAAGAAUUUAAGUUGGAAAGCGGCUUGGAAACUA